UCAGCUGUGUCCAAUCACAGCUGAUCACUGAUGAUCAGUGUACCCUGAUGAUCAGUGUGGCCCCAGAAGUGCCACCUGUCAGUGCCCAUCAGUGCCAGCUGUCAGUGCUGAACAGUGCCACCUGCCAGUGCCCAUCAGUGCCACAUCAAUGCCACAUAUCAGUGCCUACCAGUGCACAUCAAUGCCACAUAUCAGUGCCCAUCUGAGUUGCCUUUCAGUGUCACCCCCAUCAGUGCCAAUCAGUGCCACCUAUCAGUGCUGCCAAGCAGCGCCACCUAUCAGUGCUGCC